AUGAAGGAGGAGAAGGAGAAGGCGCAGGCGCCGCCGCCCCUUCUCCUAGGUACUCGUAACAUCGUCGCGCUAGUUGCUGAUAACAAAUUAUGUAGGGCGCGACUCGGAGAUGAACAUGGAUCUGCUUCUGUGUAUCGUGUUGGUGCACUGGAGAAGGCGAUUGCAGGGUUUGCGCAGAGGGAAACUGAGGCCGUGGUCAAUCCUACUGUUGGGAGUUUCUUUGUUUCACUUGACGAGGCUUAUGAAUUCUACAACAUUUAUUCUUGGGAAUCUGGUUUCGGAGUUAGGUAUGGAGCGAGUAGUAUGGAUUCUCAUGGAAUUAAAUGCAUACAGCAAUUUGUUUGCGCGUGUGAGGGUAAACCAUCCAAGGACAGCGAUUCAUUUCGUCGGUGUGAAUGCAAAGCGUCAAUUCUUUUGCUGAGAUCCAGAGACGGCGGAUGGCGUGUGUGUGAGCAUCAAGUUGGGCAUAACCAUCCAUGUUCUAAGAUGUGUGCGCAGAGGUCAUCUUGGCAGUCUCAUAGUAGUAUUGACAAGAACACAAGGGGCUUGAUUCGUCAACUAAGGGAAAACAAUGUGCCACACAUUGAUGAUAAUGAUGCAAAGAACCCGCUGUCUGAUGAUAUCCAGAAGACAGAGGAAACCUUUGCUAGGAUCAAAGCAAAGGAUCCAACAUUUGGUUAUACUGGUUUGCAGCUUGAUAGUAACUGGAGAGUAAGGCCACUACUCUGGACCAGUGGCCAGAGCCUUCAGUACCAAUACUUUGGGGAUGUGAUUAUCUUCGACACCACCUACAGAUCGGACAAGUAUGGGACGCCGUUCGGCCUUUUUGUUGGAGUCAACAACAACUUUGAGACCAUAUUGCUUGGUGGGGUGCUGAUGAUAAACGAGAAAACGGAGAGCUACAAAUGGGUGCUCAGUCAGUUCUUCCAAUUAAUGGGUAGGGAACACCCCAAAACUAUACUGACCGAUCGCUGCGAGGCAAUUGAGGAAGCCGUAUUGGAGGCACUGCCAUCCACCACACACAGAUGGUUCAAGUGGAAUGUCCUUCGCAGGGCAAAGGACUACCUUGGUUUCCAUUACACCAAAACAAGUAGCUUCCGAGUGGGGCUCCACAAAAUUCUGAACGACACGCUGACGGCUGAUGAGUUUGAGAGAGCAUGGGAGAUGCUGCUAGAGGAGCAUGGAUUGGAGAAUCAUCCAUUUCUGAAGGAGAUCUAUGAGGUGCGGCACAAGUGGGUUAAGGCAUACUUCAGCGACACAUUCUGUGCUACACUGACCAGCACACAAAAGAGCGAGAGCGCGAAACACUUUCUGAAACAACAUGGCAUUCCACGGGAUUGCUCAAUGGAGCUUUUCGCUGAACAGUACGAGAAACUGCGGUCCAGUCAAGAACCAGACUAUGGGUUUCAGGAGAAGAGGACUACUAUGGUAAGCUUAACUUCAGGAAAUUAACGUCUUUCCUAUGGG